UUUUUUUUAUCAUUGUUAGCGAUAACAAUAAGUAGAAAUGCAGUGAUAGUCUUGUAAUACGCAUAGCGCAUGUGUGACUUAUCGGGCGUUAACAGUAACCAGUUGAAUUAAGUGCAAGUCGUGAUAAAAGUACCAUUCUUGCCCAAAAAUGGACAAAAACCAGGCGCCACCACCGUACCAUGAAUCGCACCACGUGCAACCACCCUACAACCCCCAGCCCGUGGCGGCAGCGCCACAAACCCAUGUUACCGUCGUCACGGCCCAACCAUCGCAUGGGGGCACCUGCCCCAUUUGUCAUGCCGGCCAAUUCGAAGGCUCUUUCACGUUGUGUGGUUGGCUAUGCUGCCUGUUUUGCUUCCCUUGCGGCAUCAUUUGUUGUUUCUGCAUGCGCAAGAAGAAGUGCAACCACUGCGGGUUCUCACCCUCGUAAAAUACUUAUCCCUCUAAUUUGUGUACUGUUUUAUGAACAAAUUUAUUAAAUAAACGUGUUUUAAUCUC